AUGGGCAAGCAAUUUCUUAAUCGUCUAAUAGUAUACUGUGCAAUUAUCUCGGCACUGCUACUAUUGGUCGAUAGUGUAGAACAAGACCCUUCGUCGCUUCUAGGUUAUAUGCCCACGUUUUUCAAUCAACGAGCAAUCAAUAGACGUUCAGAUCCACGAAAUGGCUACAGUCCAAAAGGAAGAAUUGAGAUAAAAACUGACUGA